UGGACCGGAUUUGUGUCACUGGGUUUGAGCGAAGGGUCUGGUUACCUUGACAGUGGUAGAGGAGCGGCCGACGGGAGGCUGACAGGUACUGGCGCCCUGUCACAGACUGACUGACGGCACCGCCAGAACACCGAGGACAGGUGUCAGCGGUGGGAUCAGACAGAGAGACAGAGAGAGAAGACCCAUAGAAACACAGGCAAUGCUAUUACCAUGGUGGAUGAGGAAUUGGCUCUGACUUUGUACUCGGCGCUUUUCGGAAAAACCAAAGCGAUGUAGUGGACAUGGUGCAAAGAAAGCAGGACGCUCAGCCGGAAAUUAAUUCACAAAAAACGACAUCUGUACCUGCUCCCUCUGAAGGCUGAGGGUUGGAUGUGAAGCUGCAGAGGAGAUGGCUGUGUUUGACACCCCAUACCAGAGGCUGGAUGCCUCCUACAGCGAUUCACCCCUGGGGGAAGAUGACCUGCUGGUGCACGUCCCGGAGGGCAGUAAAUCCCCGUGGCAUCACAUUGAGAACCUGGAUUUGUUCUUCUCUCGGGUCUACAAUCUGCACCAAAAGAAUGGCUUCAGUUGUAUGCUGAUCGGGGAGAUCUUCGAGUUACUGCAGUUCAUCUUCGUGGUUAGUUUUACCACGUUCCUGGUCAGCUGCGUGGAUUAUGACAUUCUGUUUGCCAACAAGAUGGUGAACCACAGCCAGAGUGAACAUGUCAAGGUGACCCUGCCAGACGCCUUCUUACCCCCCGGAGUCUGCCAAGCCAGAAUACAAGAGAAUGGCUUCCUCGUGUGCCUCUUGGUCAUUGCUGGCGUCUUCUGGAUUCACAGGCUCGUAAAAUUUAUUUACAACAUCUGCUGUUAUUGGGAGAUCCACAACUUCUAUAUCCAAGCCCUACGCAUCCCAAUGUCAGAUCUCCCAUAUCACACCUGGGAGGAGGUUCAGAGUCGCAUUGUCCAAAUUCAAAAGGAACAUCAGAUCUGCAUUCACAAGAAGGAGCUGUCCGAGCUGGACGUGUCCCACCGAAUCCUGCGCUUUAAGAACUACAUGGUGGCCAUGAUUAACAAGAACCUUCUUCCACUUCAGCACAAGAUCCCUGUCCUUGGCGACACGGUGUUUUACAGCCGUGGACUCAAAUACAACUUCCAGCUGAUCUUUUUCUGGGGCCCUGGGUGCCUUUUCCAAAACGAGUGGAGCCUUAAACCUGAAUAUAAGCGGGCAGGAGUGCGUCUGGAACUGGCCGAGAAGCUUUCGCAUCGUAUCCUGUGGAUCGGACUUGCCAACUUGGUUCUGUGCCCGCUGGUGCUUGUAUGGCAGAUACUUUAUGCGUUCUUUAGCUACACAGAGGUUCUGCGUAGGGAACCUGGCAGUCUGGGGGCACGAUGCUGGUCCUUGUAUGGCCGAUGCUAUCUGCGACACUUUAAUGAACUGGAUCAUCAACUGCAAGCGAGGCUUAGCCGAGCAUAUAAACCGGCCAGCAAAUACAUGAACUGCUUCUUGUCCCCUCUCUUGGCUGUAGCUGCCAAACACCUGGGUUUCCUGGCUGGCUCCAUAUUGGCGGUCCUUAUUGCCCUCACCGUCUACGAUGAAGAUGUGCUGGCUGUGGAACACGUGCUGAGCGCAGUGACCCUGCUGGGAGUCGUAGUGACUGUUUGCAGGUCCUUCAUCCCUGACCAACACCUGGUGUUUUGCCCAGAGCAGCUCCUGAGGGUCGUACUGGCUCAUAUCCAUUAUAUGCCAGACCACUGGCAGCGCAGUGCUCACCGGUCCGAGACCCGCGGAGAGUUUGCUCAGCUCUUCCAGUACAAGGCGGUGUUUAUUAUAGAAGAGCUCCUUAGCCCACUCUUAACCCCCUUAGUUCUGAUUUUUUGCCUCCGCCCCAAGUCUCUGGAGAUCAUUGACUUUUUCCGAAACUUCACAGUGGAGGUGGUCGGGGUUGGAGAUACCUGUUCGUUUGCCCAGAUGGAUGUCCGUCAGCACGGCAAUCCUGCGUGGAUGUCUGCAGGCAAGACCGAGGCAUCAGUUUACCAGCAGGCAGAGGACGGCAAGACAGAGCUUUCUCUAAUGCAUUUCGCCAUCACCAACCCUCGCUGGCAGCCCCCACGAGAGUGCUCGGCUUUCCUGAGUCAUCUCAGGGAACGAGUACAAAGAGACAGCAUUGGUGCCAAAAAUUCUACUGGACUGACACAUCCCCUGCAUGGAUCCAGUUUACUAAUUCAGUCUGACCCAGAGCCUCACAGUCUCGUGGCGAACAUGAUCUCUGGUUUGUCUCCUGGAACGUACCCGUCACAUCCAGAGGUUCUGUGUUCUCCGCACGUUUCUGCCGCGUCCGAGGUGGCUUCAGCUUUGCGCUCUCUGUCGCCACAACAGUCCUGUCACCCGGCACAACACCAGAGCAGGACAAGCGCUGAUUUCAGGAAUAGCAGUUUUGGGAGCAGUCUGUGGGAAGGACCCAUGACAAGCGGCACGUUGUCUGAAUAUGCAUCCACAGAGAUGAGCCUACAUGCGCUUUACAUGCACGAACUGCACCAGCAACACACACGUAUGGCACCCAAUAGACAUAUCUGGCACCGUCAGGAGAGCGACGACAGUGGGGAAAGUAUCCAUGGUGACAGCCUUAUACACGCUACAUCUAACAUACCUUCCUCGGCCAGCUGCCCAUCGCCUGCGGCACUUUUCGGGGAAGAGAGGCUGCCGUCACUGAACAGCCAGAGAUACAGUGCGAGCGCAGAUCUUGGAUCCAUGCAAAGGCCAACAUCCAAUUUAGCGAGACAGCCAAUGGGAGGAUGGAGUGAAGAAGGACCGCCCACAAGACACCCAGAGACAGUUCCAGAGGAGGGGUCUGAAGAUGAGCUGCCCCCACAGGUGCAGAAGGUGUAGCUAAGAAGACUGGAAAGCAACAUUUGUGGUCAAGUCUCUUACAUCCAAUUAUUUCUUGUCGUCAGAGAGAGAGAGAGAGGAAUCACGAGCUUCUUUGUGUGAUAAUUGAUCCCUUCCCUUGUCUGUAUGUGUAUAUCAGACCGCCCUGACAUAUGUGUGCAUGGGAUCUGUAUUCUGGUUUCAAUGAACAUAAUAAGGGACGCUCACACAGGUGCAGACAUACUAUCCGGAUGUUCUUAUUUCUGCUGCUUGUCGAUUACAUAUUUCACUUCUGUGAUUGGCACCUGUUCUAAUUCAGCACAGUAAACCCGUAAAUGUAUAUUACUCUGCUAAUACUACUAAAGGAAUGCGUGUCUUUAACAAAUAACCAUUCUGUAUGCAGGCAUGAGAGACUUACAACAGCUCCUCUAAUCCCCUUCCUGCACAAGGGUUAACAGAGGAUCAUAGGUGUUGUAGUCCAUCAACACACGUCGAGCCAUAGGUUGUCCUCUUCCUCGUGAAGUAAAUACCGCCGGCCUGUUUUUCUGUAAAUGCAAACCGCUUAUAUGUUGAAAAGGCACACGCGUUCUGCUGUGUUUUGUAUAGAAAUUGUAUAUUGCAUAUUUUGUACCAUUGUAUAGUGCUGAAUAAAGAUGAAUUAUAUGUCCUGUC